CAGAGUCAGAGGUUCUCUGGUCAACGCAACCUUCACUUGCCUCAUUUGUCUUAAUUAAGAUUUCUUGAGAGCCGUCUAUUUUCAAACUGCUUAGUACGCAGUUGCAUUCCUUUUCUUUCCUCCUAAGUUUCUCUCUCUUGGAAUUUCGUUGGCAAGAAACCCAGCACAAGCCGGAGACCGAUCGGUAGCGACGGCGAUGUCACCGGAGAUUCGGUUUACUUUUUUCACUUUCGCGGUGCUGCUCUUCUCUCCGACCUUGUCCCAUGGCUUAGUGCCUCCUCGUACGUUGUCUCAUGGCUUGUCCGGAAGCGGCUAUUACUUGACUUCGGAUGAGCUCUGGUUCAACCAAACCCUAGAUCACUUCUCUCCUUACGAUCACCGAAAAUUCAGUCAGAGGUACUAUGAAUUCCUAGACUAUUUCCGGGCACCAGAUGGGCCUAUCUUUCUGAGAAUCUGCGGUGAAGCUGCUUGCAAUGGCAUCCCCAAUGAUUAUCUUGGCGUGUUAGCAAAGAAGUUCGAAGCGGCGGUCAUUUCCCUCGAGCAUCGGUAUUAUGGGAAGAGCUCCCCAUUUAACUCAUUGGCAACAGAGAAUCUUAGAUAUCUCUCAUCAAAACAGGCCCUUUUCGAUUUGGCUGCUUUCCGACAGUAUUACCAGGAUUCGCUGAACGUUAGGUUUAAUAGAAACGGUGUUGACAAUCCAUGGUUCGUUUUUGGGGUCUCGUACUCUGGAGCUCUAAGUGCAUGGUUCCGUCUUAAGUUCCCUCAUUUGACGUGCGGAAGCCUUGCUAGUUCCGCAGUUGUUCGCGCUAUCUACGAAUUCCCCGAAUUCGAUCAGCAGAUUGGUGAGUCGGCUGGUCCGGAAUGCAAAGCUGUUCUUCAGGAGACGAAUAAGCUCCUGGAACUAGGGCUUAAAGUAAAUGGAAAGGCUGUGAAAGAACUCUUCAAUGCCUCCGAGCUUGGCAUCGAUGCUGAUUUCUUAUACUUCGUCACUGAUGCGGCAGUUAUGGCGAUCCAAUAUGGAAACCCAGAUAAACUAUGUAUCCCCCUCGUCGAAGCCAAGAAGAACGGCAGUGAUUUAGUGGAAGCGUAUGCGAAAUAUGUUAGAGAGUUCAGCAUUGGAGUUUUCGGGCUGAGUGCUAAAACGUACGGCAGGAAACAUUUGAGAGACACUGCUCUUGCCAAAGACAGCGAGGAUCGGUUAUGGUGGUUCCAGGUUUGCACCGAAGUGGCGUAUUUCCAGGUGGCACCUGCAAAUGAUAGUGUCCGGUCUCAGCAAAUUAAUACAGAGUAUCAUUUGGAUGUCUGCAAGAGCCUGUUCGGGAAGGGCGUUUAUCCUGAAGUCGAUGCAACAAACCUCUACUAUGGAGGCGAUAAAAUUGCCGGUACCAAAAUCAUAUUCACGAACGGGUCACAAGAUCCAUGGCGUCAUGCCUCAAAGCAAACCUCAUCUCCCGACCUGCCAUCCUUGCUGAUAAGCUGUCACAACUGUGGACACGGAACCGAUCUACGUGGAUGUCCUCAAUCUCCCAUGGCCAUUGAAGGAAGUUCGAAGAAUUGCAGCUCGCCGGAUGCGGUGAACAGAGUGAGGCAGCAGAUGGUAGAAUACAUUGAUCUAUGGCUCUCUGAGUGUAGAGGCCAGCUUUGGACUGCCAUGUGACACCGCUACUGCUACUACUGUCAUGUCUUAUAGGAUGGCGAUGAAGACAUACACAUGUUCUUGUCCAAGCUCUUCCAUCAAGUAAGAGGCUUAUAACUACCCUCUUAUCAUCCAUGUAACUGUUAGCAACAGACCGGAGGAUCUUCAUUGUGUGUAAACUCUUAUGCAGCAUUAGAUGAAAAUGUUGUUGUCGACAUGUGUCUGCGCGUUGGUCAGUGUCUGUCUUUGUCUUCUAGGCACCUGAAAGAUGAUAUGCUUAGAUUCUUGUCGGAUGCUGUCGAGAGUCCAUCAAUUCGAUCUCUCUCUCUCUCUGGUUCCAUCCGUCAAACAUUUGAGUUCGAAUACCUGUUGAUACCCCGAUGCAAAGCCACAGUUUCCGUCCUUUUU